CAGUUCAUCGAGCAUUCGAGAUUGAGGGAUAAAUCAAAACAUUGAGGAUUUUCUGGGGAAUUGAUUCAGUAUUUUGAGAAAACUAGUGAUUUCUUCGUGGGAAAAUGCUCUCGUCGAUGCUGAAAGAGCAUCAAGCGAAGCAAGGCGCAAGAAAAGAAGAGCAGGAUCAGAGAAGAAAAGCUGCUAUUGCAUCGUCAAAUGAACUCACUCAGGCUCUGGUAGAUCAUCUAAAUGUUGGUGUUGCUCAGGCUUAUCUCAAUCAGAAGAAGCUCGAUGCCGAAGCUAAGCAACUUCACGUGGGAGCGACAAACUUCGCCAAACAGACUCAACAGUGGCUUCUCUUGAUCGAGGGCUUCAGCAGCGCCCUGAAGGAGCUUGGCGAUGUGGAAAACUGGGCCAGAAGCAUAGAAAACGACCUGAGAAACGUCACAAGCGCCUUGGAGAUUGCCUACAGAACCACCAGAGAGAAUCCUUAGAUGUAUCAUUCCUUCGGCUUGUUGCAAGGCUUAUUGUGAUUAAAAAUUGAGCAGUC